AUGUCUGACGCCAUUGCUUCCGCGCCUGCCCCCGUCGAGGACUUCAAGACCACAGAGGUUCCCGCUACAGAGCCCACCGCCGCUCCUGAGCCCACCCCUGAGGUAGAUCCGGCUGCUGAGCCAGCCGCGGAGGAUCCCAAAGCUGAGGAGGCUGCGCCUGGUGAGGCAUCUACGGAGGCUCCUGCUUUUGAGCCCGCCAGCGAAGCCCCCGCGGCUGAGGAGGCAAAGCCUGCUGAGGCCGCCACCACGGAGACCAAGAAGGAAGACCGACCAAAGAGCCCUAGCCUGCUGGCCAAGCUCCUCGCUCCUUUCAAGAACGAGAAGAAGGGUGAGAAGAAGCACAAAGAGAAGACUACCAAGAAGACCGAGAAGAAAGAGGAGGGUCCUGCUCCCUCCACUGCUGAGGAGGCACCCAAGGAGACCCAGGCUGAGGUACCGGCUGUUGAGGCGCCCAAGGAGGAUGCCCCCGCUGAAACCACUGCUGAGCCGGUGAAGGAGACUGAGACCGCCGCGCCGGCCACCGAGACUGUUGCGGAGGCUGCCCCUGCAGAGGCUGAGUCGCCCAAGGAGGAGAAGAAGGAGGAGAAGAAAGAGGAGAGGCUCAAGUCUCCCAAGGUUACCCGCCGCUUGUCUGCGCGUGUCGGCGAGUUCUUCAAGCCAAAAGCGAAGGCGGAGCCGACCACCCCCAAGGUAGAGGAGAACCCGCCCGUGAUUGAGGAGUCUGAGCCCAUUGCUCCCCUCGAGAACCCCCUGGUUGAGGAAGCUGCGACCGAGCCAUCAUCGGCGCCCGUGGAGGAGCCCAAGGUUGAGGCACCACCCGCUGCCGCCAUUGUCGCUGCUGCAGCAUAA